AUGACCUCCUUCUUCAACAGAUUCGUACCGAAGCAGCCAGCAAGUCCAGCUUCGGCCAGCACCCCGACGAAGAAGGACCCCAAUGCCCCCCAGCCCACGCCCCUCGAGAAGCUCCUGGCCGACGCCGGGCCUAUACGCGACGACGGCAGUGACAAGUUCUUCGGGUUUGAGAAUUUUGGGAGCACCUGCUACUGCAACUCUAUAAUCCAAUGUCUCUACUACUCGGUCCCCUUUCGGGAACAGGUCAUCAACUUCCCCACCAGGUCUCCGCAGGAGAUUCUCGAGAGACCAUCCUCUCAGCUCCGCUUGUAUACCGACAUAUCACCAUCCGCAAAUGGACAUAAUGGCGCCUUGUCGCCUACCAAAACGAGGAAUUCGUUGUCAAGUCCGAAUCAACCUUCACCGCGCAAGCCCGUGGCCAUGCCCGGCAAAGAUACGAACCCCCCAGGAACGAAGCCCGAGGACAACAAGGACUCGCCAGAAUACAAGAAGAAGCUAGCCUUGGCUGCUGGCCCGGUGUUGAACAUGGACUACGAAAACUCGCACAGUUACGGCAUGUCCGAGUCGCUAUUUACCUCGUUAAAGGACAUAUUCGAGGCAAUAAUCUCUCAUCGAUCACGUAUCGGCGUAGUGAGCCCUCACAAGUUCCUUGAGAUUCUACGGCGGCAACAUGAGAUGUUCCGAUCUGCCAUGCACCAGGACGCCCAUGAGUUCCUGAACUUACUCCUGAAUGAGGUGGUGGAAAACGUUGAGCAGUUUUCAAACCAGCUAAAUAAUAAGUCGACUGAUCAAAAUGGGGGGGCAUCAGAAGCGGGGUUCGUCAAUGCCCUGACAUCAGCUGUGUCCGCUGUUGUACCUACCUCAGGAGGCUCGAACUCUCCAACGCUGAAUACCGGCUGGGUCCAUGAGCUGUUUGAGGGCACACUUACAUCUGAGACACGGUGUUUAACGUGUGAAAACACGUCUCAAAGGGAUGAGGCAUUCCUUGACUUAUCAGUCGACCUCGAGCAGCAUUCUUCAGUAACGUCCUGUCUACGAAAGUUCUCUGAGGAGGAGAUGCUGUGCGAACGGAACAAGUUCCACUGCGACAAGUGUGGCGGCCUACAAGAAGCGGAGAAGAGAAUGAAAAUCAAGCGAUUACCACGGGUCUUGGCUCUUCACCUUAAGCGGUUCAAGUACACCGAAGACUUGCAACGUUUGCAGAAGCUUUUUCACCGAGUCGUAUAUCCUUACUAUCUUCGGCUAUUCAAUACCACCGAUGACGCGGAGGACCCGGACCGGCUUUACGAGCUUUACGCUAUCAUUGUACACAUAGGAGGCGGCCCGUACCAUGGCCAUUACGUUUCCGUUAUCAAAACACAAGACAGAGGAUGGCUACUCUUCGACGACGAGAUGGUGGAGCCGGUAGACAAAGACUACGUGCGGAACUUCUUUGGCGGAGAAAACGUACUCGCGUGCGCCUACGUGCUUUUCUACCAGGAGACUACCUUGGAAGCUAUGCAGAAAGAACAAGAAGCCGAGGGUUUGGCAGCUGCAACACGAGCAUCUGAAAGCGAGAAGAACGGGGUACCGGUGAGUGGGAAACAGAAUGGUCAUGCGCAGCCUCUCAACGAUCACCAUCCCAUUCACCACGCUACGACGCCAGCGACCGAAGAGCCCGAGUUUGUCAAUCUUGACCAUGCUGCUACUGCUCCUCCACUACUGCACCACGACCCGAACCCUAUUGAGCAUGCGGUAACAUCCACCGGUAUACUAGCACCACCCCUCAGCUCGAAGAAAAGCAACCUGCAGUCUAAAAAAGAGAAGGCGAAAGAGGAGAAGGAGAGGAAGGCGGCAGAGAAAGAGUUGGAGAGGCAGGCAAAACUCAAGCAGAAAGAAAUGGAGCUCAAGCGCCGGGAGACCUACAGGAAGCAAGAGGAAGAUCUCAGGGCGGCACUGGCUUUGAGCAAACAGACAGCAGCAGAGGAGGCCCAGCGCACAGCAGCAACAGCCGAGAAGAGCGGCGUUGGGAAAGACAAAGAAAACACGAAGGGUGGAGGUUUGAGCCGGUUCAGACACAGCAGUAUGAGCAUUCGGCAUAAACCCAAGUUUUGGUCCGGAAAAGAAAAGACGGAACAUGAACUUACGCAACCUCUUAAUAUCCAAGAGACUCCCGCUUCUACAGUGGAAGCGGAGAAUAACGAUACGACGACGCCCGCCACCGGCACGCCAGACAAGCCCGAAAAGAUGAAGAACCGGUUUAGCCUAGGGCGGAAGAAGUCGGGCUUUCUCCACUAG